AUGAACGACACCGUGCGCGCACAGAGGCUCGUCGCCGACGACGCAGACCACCUCGGCGCACUCGCAAACCCCGCCGACAUCCACCUCGCCCAGCUCGACCGCGACAUCCACGACCCUCACCGACGAGGAGACUCGCCAACAACACCCGCGCAUGGCGACGCCCGAGACAGCUACGAGCUCGAGCAGCGCUAUACAGACUCGAAGGGCGCACCUGGGCUCGCACACGGCGGACAGGGCGAUGACGACGAGCGCGCGACGGCAUCGGGGGCUUGGGCGGGCGAGGGCGCACACGCGCGGCGGUCUUCCUCGGCGAGCUAUGCGCGGCUGGAGACGCGGGCACGGCGGACAGGCUCGUUCAGCGCAGCACGGGCGGGCGACGGCGCGAGGAGACUCCGCUUCGACGACGGGCAGGGUGGGGAGAAGGACAACAGCGUCGACAAGCGCAGGCUGCAGGUUCUCUGGUGGCGCAGUGCCGCCGUAAACGUCCUCUUCAUCCUCGCGUGGUACUGCUUCUCGACGCUCAUUUCCGUGUACAACAAAUGGAUGUUCUCCGCCGAGCACUACAACUUCCCCUACCCGCUCUUCGUCACUUCGAUCCACAUGCUCGUGCAGUGGUGUCUUGCGGCGGCGGCGAUGAGCUUGUUCAAGGGGUUGAGGCCGAAGAAUAGGCCCAAGCCCGGGGAUUAUGCCACGAAGAUUGCGCCCUGCGGAAUGGCGACCGGCUUGGACAUCGGUCUCUCGAACCUAAGCUUGCGCACCAUCACCCUCUCCUUCUACACCAUGUGCAAGUCCUCGUCGCUCGCCUUUGUCCUCCUCUUCGCCUUCCUCUUCCGCCUCGAGACGCCUUCGUGGCGACUAGCCGGAAUCAUCCUCAUCAUCACCGCCGGCGUCAUCCUCAUGGUCUCGACCGAGACGCAAUUCGACUUUGUCGGCAUGUGCCAGGUCCUCUCGGCCUCGGCACUCGGCGGGCUGCGAUGGAGUCUGACGCAGAUGCUCCUGCACAAAGAGUCGAUGGGCAUGGCCAACCCCAUCGCGACGCUCUUCUGGCUCGCGCCAAUCAUGGGCGUCACCCUCGCGACGUGCAGCCUCAUCUUUGAUGGCUGGGGGAACGUCUUCUCGCACGAGGAGUUUUGGGGAACGAUGGGACGGACGUUGAGAACCGCGGCGGCGAUCACGUUCCCAGGCGUGCUGGCGUUCUCGAUGAACGUGACCGAGUUUGGGCUCAUCCAGCGAACGUCCGUCGUAACCCUCUCCGUCGCGGGCAUCUUCAAGGAGGUCGCCGUCAUCUUCCUCUCGACAGUAGUCUUCCACGACAAGCUCACGCCGAUCAACAUCAGCGGUCUCUGUGUUACCAUCUUCGGUAUCUCGUUGUACAACUACCUCAAGUAUACCCAGUUCACCGAAGCAGCGCUCCGCGCAUCGCACGGCACGCCGCAUCGAGCAGGCGGGCACGGCUUCGACUCGUCGGCGGACGAUUCGUACGAGGAGGGCGCGCCGAUGCUGCCGACGGGCGAGGGCCGGAGAGGGUUGCUGAACGGCUCCGCCUCGCAUCGUCUCUCCGACUCGUCCCCUUCGGCGCCUCACCACUCGCUCGGCGGCGCCGACGACUCUCCCCGCUCGUCCGCCGACCUCGAUGCGCAAGCUGCCGAGCUGCUAGGCGACUUUGACGACCCCGUCCAGUGGCUCAGCGAGUCGGACAAGGCGCACCAGCACGAUGCAGACCGGAUACCGGAGCUCGACCAGUUGUUGGAGGAGGACGAGCGGUUACGGCGGACGGAGGAGAAGGCGCACGCGCUCGAGCGCGAGUUGGAGGAGGGCGUGCGGGAACAUCGGCAGGCGAGGGACGUCGACGUGGGCGACUUGCUGAGCGAGAAUGUCGGCGGGCUGCGAUGA